AUGGAUAAAUGGCUGAACUUAAAGAAGAAUGGUAAUGACGCAGAUGAUAAUGCUACAAACUCUUCUCAGGCAGGACAAACGUCAUAUGAAGUUUCAUACUGUAUUGCUAAAAAUAAAAAGCCGUUCACCAUUGGAGAAGAUCUUGUGUUACCUGCUGUUAUUAAAAUGGUAGAAAUACUACAUGGAAGAAAAUAUGGCAAUGAUAUUCGAAAAAUUACUUUGUUGAACGAUACUGUCUCGAAUAGAAUUUCUGAUAUUAACAAGGAUCAAUUAAUACAACUUAUUACAAGAAUUAAAGAAAGCCCAAAAUUUUCAAUUCAGUUGGACGAAACAACUGAUAUUACUAAAUUGGCUCAGUUGUUAGUAUAUGUCAGGUACGUUUAUAAAGAAAGCGUGGAGGAAGAAUUGUUAUUUUGUCGUCCUAUGGAAGACCAUACUACAGGGAAAGACAUAUAUUGUAAAGUUGACGAAUUUUUAAAAGCAGAAGGUUUAGAAUGGAAAAAUUGCUGUGGAAUAUGCACAGAUGGUGCAAGAGCGAUGACGGGCAAAAAUAUUGGUUUUAAAUCAUUUUUUCAAGCUGCUCAUUAUGAUCAUAUAACUUUUACUCACUUAUACACCGAGAGGCUCUUGCAGCAAAAAAAUUAG